CUUAACAUUUGAAUUUUAGGUAAAUUUCGCCCUGAAACAAACUCUGUUCUCGAAGCCCCAGUUGGCAUGGGAGCGUCGGAAGGGGAAACCGAAACAGCGGCGGAGACGGAAAUGCAGAGAGGAGUUCGUCUUGGAGAAAUUACAGGUUUCGGAUCCUCGCUGCAAACCUCUUUGCAGUUCGAUGCUAAAGCUAAAAUAGGCAGUUACAUGAAGAAUCUGAGCCGAGGUGAAUCGGGUAUUCAGAGUACUACUUCUUCAAGAAAACAGAAAGGAGAGAAGAGAAAGAAUAAAAAAUGCCGAAAGGAUUUAGGAUCCAAGAAAAAACUGAAAAAAAUUAAGAGAGACAAAGAUGAGCCUGGAAGUGAAUACUCUGAAGAUGAGGAUGAGUACGAGGAUGAGGACUGGUUGACGGACAGUGAUGAGGAAGAGAAGGUUGUGAAGAAGUUGAAGAGAGCUCAGGACGACGGGAACAAAGAAAUGUACAUUGCCAGGUUGGCUCGAUGGGAGAAAACUCGAACAGAAGAGGAGGCCAACAUGGACGGACAGUACGAAAAGCUUAAGGAAGGACUUAGGAUUCCUGCACUCCUCUGGUCUCGCUUAUUCAACUAUCAGCGAGUAGCUGUUCAGUGGAUGUAUGAGUUACAUCUACAACGUUGUGGGGGAAUUCUAGGUGAUGAGAUGGGUUUAGGGAAAACUGUUCAAAUGAUUUGUUUCCUUGCUUCUUUAUCAUUUACAAGAUCUGCUGACAGUUCAACAUCAGGUUUAGGAGCAACCAUUAUAGUUUGUCCCACAACAGUUUUGCACCAGUGGGUGUCUGAACUUCACAAAUGGUGGCCUCCCUUCCGAGUUGGAGUUCUCCAUACUUCAGGAUCAUUUAGUGGAUCAAAGAGUUCCUUUAUACGACAGAUGAAUGCCUGGCGAGGUAUUAUUGUUCUAUCCUAUCAGGCUAUGGUGACCCACCAGGAUGUAUUGACCAGCCUACAGUGGGAGUACAUCAUCCUAGACGAGGGACAUAAAAUCAGAAAUCCAGACGCCAAGGUAACCCUGGUUGUGAAGCAAAUUGCUACUCCACAUCGAAUAAUACUCUCAGGAUCCCCCCUGCAGAACAACCUGAAGGAGCUGUGGAGCUUGUUUGAUUUCAUUUACCCUGGUAAACUGGGGACCCUACCCACCUUCAUACAGCAGUUCAGUGCACCCAUCACACAGGGAGGAUACGCUAAUGCGUCACAGGUUCAGGUUGCUACGGCGUUCAAGUGUGCUACCAUACUUCGUGAUACUAUAAACCCGUACCUACUCAGGAGAAUGAAGGAGGACGUAAAACAGCAUAUUAAUCUACCGGAGAAGAAUGAACAGGUUCUGUUCUGUAAACUAACUGAUAUCCAACGGAGGCUGUACCGAGGUUACCUGGACUCUCGUGAGACCAAAUCUAUCCUCGAGGGUGGGAUGAAGGUGUUUAUGGGACUAAUUGCUCUGAGAAAGAUAUGUAAUCAUCCUGACCUCUUCGCACCUCCGGUCCCUGAUAAUUGUUCAGGGCAGGAGGAUGGGGAGGAGGACGAGGAGGCCCAGAGGUUCGGAUGGUAUAAACGAAGUGGGAAAAUGCUCGUAAUACACUCUCUGCUGAAAAUAUGGAAAAAGCAGGGGCACAGAGUUCUUCUGUUCACUCAGUCCAGGCAGAUGUUGAAGGUCCUACAGAACUACGCUGUUAGUCAGGGUUACAGCUAUCUGAAACUCGAUGGAACAACUACAGUAGGAUCUAGGCAACCUCUCAUUAAAAAGUUUAAUGAGAGCAAGGAUAUCUUCCUGUUCAUCCUUACUACUAAGGUUGGAGGGUUGGGAGUAAACCUGACAGGAGCAAACCGAGUUGUAAUCUUCGAUCCUGACUGGAACCCCAGUACAGAUACACAGGCCCGAGAGCGAGCCUGGAGGAUCGGACAGGAGAAGCAGGUCACCAUAUACAGAUUGAUGACCUCUGGAACUAUCGAAGAGAAAAUCUAUCAUCGGCAGAUCUAUAAACAGUUCCUCGUCAAUAGAGUCCUCAAGGAUCCCAAACAGAGAAGGUUCUUCAAGUCCAACGAUCUGUACGAGCUGUUUACCUUGACGGAGACUGACAACGAUAAAACUGAGACCUCUGCCAUUUUUGCAGGAACCGGAACUAAUAUAAAGAUCCCUGUGCCGUCCUUCAAGCCUAAGAAAAGAGCUAGCGUCGAGGGAAAGGAUGUAAAAUCAUCUCUUAAUCGUCUCUAUCGUGAACAGGAGAAUCCAGGAGAACGAAGAGAAGAGGGGGAACUCGUAGAACCACAAGAAUCUGGAGUUAAAAGAGAACCUGGAGAAUCUAAUGAAAUUGUUCAAGCAAUGCAAAAAGAAAGUUCACUUAAUCUAUCAGAAGCGAAAAGAUUGGAGCUGAGAGAAAAGGCUCGACGCAUCAGUGCAAAGUUUAAAAAAUCUUCUGUAACGUCGAGUAAACCUUUCUCUGAACAGUCUGCAUCUCCUUCAGUUGCUAAGACUGAUGCACCUGAAACUAUUCCUGCACCAGCUUUACUUCUUCCUGAUGCAAGUAUUAAGAAUGCAUGUUUGCCAUUUAGUCCAUUUACGUCAACUUCAGUACCAGAUGAGCCAUCCACUUCUUCUCCAGGACCCUCUACUUUAUACACUUCUACUCCAAAACCCUCAACUCAAUAUACUUCUACUCCUGGACCCUCAAAUCCAUAUACUUCUACUCCAGCACCCUCAACUUCAUACACUUCUACUCCAGAACCCUCGACUCAAUAUACUUAUACUCCUGGACCAUCUUCAUAUACUCCUACUCCUGAACCAUUAAAUUCUUACACUUCAACUCCUAGACCAUCCACUUCCUUCAAAUAUACCCCUGGGUCUUCUGAUAGGAAGAAGAAAGAUAGAAAGAUGAAGAAAGAUCGAGGAGGAAGGUUUGAAGGAGAAAGAGUCCCCCAUCUGCUAAAAACUAGACGAUAUAAGCCUCCAAUACAAGAUGAGGAGGAAGCGGAAAAAACUGCGCAAUCUCAGGAUAACUAUGUAUUGGCACGACUGUUUGCAAAGUCUGGUGUACAUAGUGCUGUGCAGCAUGACGCAAUCGUCGAUGGACGUCUUCAAGACUACGCUAUAAUAGAAUCCGAGGCCAACAAGGUAGCUGAUCUAGCUAUAUCUGCCCUGAGAGCUAGUCGAAGGGAGUGUAUGGCAGCAGAAACUGGUGUACCGAACUGGACUGGACAGAACGGAAUGGUUCGUAAGAAGUUCAGUAAAAAAAUCAAGGGAACUCUUAGUUCAGCCGAUCUACUUCAGAGAAUGAGAAAUAGAAACCUGAUUGCUCCGACAGUUGAAAGGUCGGAGGGAAACCCAGACUCUAUUUUCUUCCCUCAAGGAAGAGAGGGGGCUAGGGGUGGGGAUGGAAAUGUAAAUCAAGAGGAUUUAGAUCUUCUUACAGAUAUUCGGAAUUAUGUGGCCUUCCAGGCGAAGAAGGACGGUGAGGCGAGUACGGCGGAGUUGGUUGGAAAGUUCCAGAAAGCUUUGCCAAGUCAGAAGAGUCCGCUGUUCAAGGCAUUUCUCAAACAAAUAUGUGAUUUCAGGCGGGAGAACGACCGUGGUAUAUGGAGCCUCAAGACUGAGUUUAGAUAAUUUACAUAUUUUACAAGAAAACGGCAAAUGUCACAAUUUUACAGGAAAUCUUGAAUGUAUGUUCGUCGAUCAGUAUUAGUAUUUGUAUCCAGUUCCAAUAUUAGUAUUUGUAUCCAGUUCCAAUAUUAGUAUUUGUAUCCAGUUCCAAUAACUUAAACGUAAAAUUUUUAUGUAUUGAAAGGUGAAAAGUAGCACGGAAAAUAACCUUACAUGAACAAACUAUGUUUAUACUUUUACAAAGUUGUGCAGCUAAAAACAAAUUUAGAUAAUAAUCAUAAAAGAGCAUUGUUUGAAAAAGUUCUGAUUUUAAGCCACACAUGUGUUUGAAAUGUCUGCGCCUUCUUAAAUUCAUUGCUCUUGUGAAUUAUUUUAUUUAUCCUUGAAUUUUUUGAAAAAGUAAUAAAUUGCUCAUAUAUUUGAAAUAUUGUAAUCCUGU